AGCAGGUUCGCACCGAUACUGGCUGCAGCUUUUUGCGCUCACAGUAAACGCGCUGCACAGACGGUCAGCACAAAAACUUUUAGGUCAGGAUGAGCUGACACCAAGAACUGUGAACAGAUUUGGUCGUUGUUGACCUGAAGUGAGCGUGAAUGACUUUUUCUCCAUAUUGUUUUUAAAAUAUUAUUUUUAAUUUGCCUGCUGUCUUUUUAACUUAGCGCAUAUAUAAGCUUAGUAAACAUGAAGUUUAACGGGUAUCUAAAGCUCCGGAUCGGCGAGGCGGUGGAUCUGAAACCGACUACCUUCUCCCUCCGCCACUCUGUCAUCUUCAACAAGGCUCCUCCAGCCAUGGACCCCUAUAUUGUGGUGAAGGUGGACGACUACAAAAUUGGGCAGACUCACACCAAGCAGAAAACCAACAUGCCCACGUACAACGAGGAGUUCUGCCUCAACGUGAACGACGGCAAACAGAUCGAGCUGGCUGUUUUCCACGACACUCCAAUCGGAUAUGAUGACUUUGUGGCCAACUGCACCAUUCAGUUCGAGGACCUCAUCGAAACUUCCAACACAGGGGAGACUUUUGAGGGAUGGAUGGACUUGGAACCAGAGGGCAAGGUGUAUGUUCACAUCACACUCACCGGAUCUUUUGUAGAUGAUGAGGCCGUAGUGAAGAAUUUCAAGCAGUUUACAAGGAAGCGGCAGGGAGCCGUGAGGCGAAGGAUACACCAGGUUAAUGGGCACAAGUUUAUGUCCACUUUCCUCCGUCAGCCCACCUUCUGUUUUCACUGCAAAGAGUUCAUCUGGGGUGUUUUUGGAAAGCAGGGUUACCAGUGUCAAGUGUGUACCUGUGUGGUGCACAAACGAUGCCACCAGCAGGUCGUCACUGUCUGUCCACGCAUGAAGAAAACAGCAAAAGAACAGCCUAUAAAUCAAGGUUUCAGCAUCAACAUCCCUCACAAGUUCAACAUGCAUAACUACAAGUCGCCCACCUUCUGUGACCACUGUGGCUCGCUGCUGUGGGGGAUUGUCAGACAGGGGCUGCACUGUAAAAUCUGCAAAAUGAACGUCCACAUCCGUUGCAAAUGCAACGUUGCUCCCAACUGUGGGGUCAACAGUGUGGAACUGGCCAACAAGCUCGCUGAGAUGGGUCUGCAGGCAGAAGGACUUGCCAAACGGAAAUCAGUGGUGAAAAACACAGAACAGACGAGGACUCCAUCUGAGGGGAGGGAUUGUACGGAAACUCAGCAGCAGUUGCCACGGCUAGGAAUUUCAGACUUCACGUUCCUUCAAGUGCUGGGCAAGGGCAGCUUUGGCAAGGUGAUGCUGGCGAGACUAAAUGGCAGAGAUCGGGUUUUCGCGGUCAAGGUGUUGAAGAAGGACAUCAUUUUGCAGGAUGAUGACGUCGAGUGCACCAUGACAGAGAAGAGGGUGCUGUCACUGGCCCGCUGUCACCCGUACCUCACACAGCUGUACUGCUGCUUCCAGACACCGGACCGUCUCUUUUUUGUCAUGGAAUUUGUGAACGGCGGCGAUCUCAUGUUCCACAUCCAGAAGUCCAGGAAGUUCGAAGAAGGCAGAGCCCGUUUCUACACAGCCGAGAUCACCUCUGCGCUCAUGUUCCUGCACAGCAAAGGCAUCAUUUACAGGGAUCUAAAGUUGGACAAUGUUCUUCUUGACAAAGACGGUCACUGCAAAUUGGCAGAUUUUGGCAUGUGCAAGGAGGGCAUAUUUGAAGGUGUUGCCACGGGAACGUUCUGCGGGACCCCGGAUUAUAUUGCCCCUGAGAUCCUGCAAGAGAUGCUGUAUGGGCCUUCUGUGGAUUGGUGGGCCCUCGGGGUGCUACUGUAUGAGAUGCUCUCUGGACAUGCUCCUUUUGAGGCGGAAAAUGAAGAUGACCUCUUUGAAUCCAUCCUCAAUGAAGAGAUUGUUUAUGCCUCUUGGCUCAGCACAGAGGCAGUCAAUAUACUGAAAGCUCUCUUGACCAAAAACCCGGCACGGCGUCUGGGCUGUGUGCCCACAGAGGGUGGAGAGGAGGCUGUGACCAGCCACGCUUUCUUCACAGGUAUCGACUGGGAGAAGCUAAAUCGUAGAGAAAUUGAGCCACCUUUCAAGCCCAGGAUUAAAACCCCGGAGGACGUCAACAACUUUGACCCAGAUUUUACUCAGGAAGAGCCCACGCUCACGCCCAUCGAUGACCCUAUGAUCCCUUCCAUCAACCAGGAGGAAUUCAGAAACUUUUCCUUUACUUCACCUGAACUGCUGGAGAAUUAAGACUCAGAGACUGAUCCACUAGCAGUCGUGCGGUCACCCUUACUCUUCUCAGUGUCUGUGCAUUUGCCUAAAACAUUUUCCACUGGCAUAUAAAACACGGUGCGGACACAUUUCCCAGAGAUAUAACUGUGCGAAAGUUCCAAGUGGCCAGCCAAAACAUGCUUGACAAGGACCCAAGCUGCACUUGAACUGUAAGAACUUGUACCUCAGACCCAAAUGUGGAGUGUGGCCAGCUUUUGAAAUAACAUUUAGUUUUGGCUUCAUUUACACAUUCAUGCAAGUGUGUAUGUACGUGUGGACAGGAUGUAUUUUAUUAUGUUGUAUUCUGAUGAAAUUGCUUCUAUUUGCUCAAUUUUUGCUCUUUUGCUGCUCAGAGAUGGGGGGGAAAAAAUUGGGAUCUAAAUCUGCUGGAGAUUCCCAGAAGAGUCAAAGUUACACAAAUCCUGGAAUGAUUUCAUGCACAGAUGGAAUAGUUUCUGAGUGAUGCGUCUCCACUCUGGAAAAAACACAAAUUCACACAGAAACAGCUGAGUCCAUCCACUGUUAAAUAAAGGGUUAAAAUCACCUGAAGCCUGAAAUAUUGGUUUUGAAAUGAGAUAAAGGUUGAAAUUGGGUUAAAGGAUAGAAUUUCACUGCACUGAAUUCCCGAUAAUAGAGUAUUUGUGUUUUUUUAUUUGUGGCCCACACCCAGUAAGAAAAACUUGGCAUCCGUCGCAGUGAUUCUCCAUGUAAAUUGCUCCGCCAGGCAUGUAGACGAUGAUGCAAGAUUUCAUCUGAGGUGAAAGCAGCUCGAUGAUUCAUGGUAACUGUGAAAUAUUGAAAGUCUGUAGAUUUCACAACACUGUUAGUGUAUUGUCCAACUGUUGCCAGAGUGUUUGAAAGCUUCCAGCACUUUCUACAGACCUGCUUGGAUAAGUGAAUUCACGUUUUUGUUGUUUGUUGUUUGUUUAUUCUUAUCCAUAAAAAAUAUAAGAAAAACACGUAAGUCUUGAAACCCUGCAGUUCUGUGCUGUGCGUCUAGUGGAGGGCCAGCAAACCAGCAGAGAAUAAACAGGAAACCACACAGCGUCACUACUGUCGCCUUUGCUAGAAAAAGGAAGACACGAGAGAGGAAAAAGUGAUGCUUUUUUUCAGGGGGGUGACAUUGAAUUCAUAUAUAAAUGCAGUAUUGUAUACUGCAUGAUGUUGGAAAUAAAAGCAAAAACUUUGAAAACACAAU